AUGGAUAAAAAGGGACUUUUUCGGUAUGGCGCUGUUUCCCACGAAACAAAAGUUCUUACCCAACAUCCACGAGGUGAUUUUCUUGUUGAUAAUGACAUAAAUUCGCUUCUUAAUACUCUCGAAAAAUCUUUUCCAAUUUCAGUGAUCGAAAAGCAGUCCAGAUUAUAUACAAUCCGUUCUGAUAAAACUGCUAAUUACAUUGUCAUGACUGAUAAAUCAGUAGAUACUGCGAGCUGCGGAGCUUUCCUUAGUGAUCUAAAGAAAUUAUGGAAUUCAUUUUCUGCCAUUGAAGAAAAUGUAUCAAAAGAAGAUUCAAUUCCUGAUAAGUUCGAUGGCCAGAUUAAAGAUUUGAUCGAAAAAUACAACAAAGAUCGAAUUGAAGAUACCGAGGACAAACAAAAUGAUAUACCUGAGAUUAUUCUUGAUGAACAUAAGCUACCUACAAUCGAUCCUGAUCCUGUUGUUACUUUAGAAGAAUCUAGAGAAGAACCUUUAUUGGGAUCAGAUGCAACACCAGAUUUGACAAUCACUUUCAAUCAAGAGCAUUACGAUGAGUCACUUACACAUCUCCGAAUUAAAAUUUGCUGGCAACGUCAUAAGAUCACAAUUUUAAUUGCCUUAUUCGUUAUUAUCGUUUCUAUUGUCAUAAUUCUUAUAGCUUGUGGAGGGUUCAACAUACAAUCAUGCAUUUCGCACCAAAAAGGUAGUGAUUCCAAAUAA